AGGAAGAAACGACGCACAACGAGGAGCCAGGCGGCGAGACUGGUUGCUAAGCAUGCCUGAUGACAUGGACAAACCUCUGAUCCGUGACCGGGGCGCCAGACUCCUGGAGGCCGCUCAGUCUGAACCUGGGUCUCCUCAGGUCGGGAUCUUGGGCACAGGGGACUUCUCUCGCUCUCUGGCCCGCCGUCUGGUCGCGGCCGGGUACCAGGUGGUGGUGGGCAGCCGUAACCCAAAACGAUCGGCUGCUCUGUUUCCUGAUGAGGCUGAGGUGGUGUCCCAACUGGAAGCCGUGAGCCAGGCUGACAUACUCUUCGUGGCCUUAUUCCCAGAGCAUUACUCGUCUCUGGUGGAGCUGAAGCAGGCUUUGGCCGGGAGGGUCCUGGUGGAUGUGAGUAAUGGGCUGUACCUCAGUCAGAUCGGACCCUCAAACGCCGAACAGCUCGCCGCCAUGUUUCCCGAGAGCCACGUGGUCAAAGGGUUCAACACCAUCUCCGCCUGGACGCUACAGACCGGACCCAGAGAUGGUAGUCGACAGGUUUUUCUGUGCAGUGACAGUAGCGCGGCCAAAGUUUCGGUCUCUCAGCUGUGCCGGAGAAUGGGCUUCAUCCCUGUCGACAUGGGCCUUUUAUCUGCCUCUUUGGAAAUCGAAAACAUGCCUUUAUAUCUAUUCCCGUCAUGGAAAAUCCCGGUGCUCCUCUCUUUCGCGCUUUUCCUAUUUUUUUACCUGUACAACUUUGUCCGAGAAGUCUUGCAUCCUUACUUGACGUCUAACAAAUACACUUUCUACAAAAUGCCGAUUGAGUUGGUGAAUGUGACUCUGCCCUGUGUGGCGCUGGUGAUGCUUACGCUCGUCUACGUGCCAGGUCUAUGCGCGGCGUUCCUGCAGUUGAGGUGGGGGACGAAAUACAAGCGAUUCCCGGACUUUUUGGAUAAAUGGCUGAUUCGGAGGAAGCAGUUUGGGUUGUGUAGUUUUCUCUGUGCUGCAUUACACAUGAUCUACAGUCUGUGUUUACCGAUGAGGAAGUCUGCACGCUACACGAUGCUAAACCAGGCUUUUAAACAGGUGAAAGCUGGCAUAGAGGACUCGUGGGUGGAUGAGGAGGUGUGGAGGAUGGAGCUGUACGUUUCCGUGGGGAUAAUGGCGAUCGGGCUCCUGUCUCUGCUCGCCGUCACGUCACUGCCCUCUGUGGCCAACACAGUCAACUGGAGAGAGUUCAGCUUCAUACAGUCGUCUCUGGGCCACUGCGCUCUGUUCAUGGCCACACUCCACACCUGUCUGUUCGGCUGGACCAGAGCGUUCGACCCAAAGCAGUACCACUUCUACCUCCCCCCCACCUUCCUCCUCGUGGUCAUCCCCCCCGUCCUGGUCCUGAUUCUCCGCUCGCUCCUCUUCCUGCCCUGCGUCGCUCUCAAACUCGGGAAAAUCCGCCGAGGCUGGGAGAAGAGUCGGAAUAUUAGAUUCACGCUGCCAGACGAAGACGGCCGCAACGGGCUGGAAGAUGUCAGCCAUGUCUGAGAUCAAGCUAGUAUGCUAACUCCCGCCGGAAUGAAUGACGAAUAUAUCCUUGAAACGCAUUGAAGGCUCCUCUCCAGGCUUUUCUAACUGUCCUCUAAAUCUGUAGAGUUAAAAGCAUAAUGUAGAUAUUUUCCAAUGAACUUUGUUGCACUAAGUUGUAUGUUUGUGUUUGUAUUUUCAGUGUUUCUGUUGUACAAAAAUCAGGCGUAGCAUUUUAACUACUGACAAGUGAAGUGUACGUUAUGUUUUUAUCAUGGUCACUCUUUGUAAGUGGCAUAUUUUAAAGAUGGGGUAAAACUUUUGUACCCUGUUAUCAUCAAAGAUCAAAAACAUGCCAGAAUAUAGUAUUUUCAACACGAUAAAGGCAACAUGGUGAUUGAAAUAUGUAAACGGCUAGCACUUAAUUCUAAAUCUUUAUUUUAUAUCGCACGCACACACACGCCACUUUCAUACUAGGCAAUGUGGGUGAAGUGUCUUGCCUAAAGACACAACAACGUUUUUUGUGACUGGCGCCCCCCUGUGGCACCUGAUUUUCCCACUAUUCUCCCAUCCAAGUACUAACCAGGCCCGACCUUGCUUAGCUUCUGAGAUCUGAUGGGAUCAGGCUUUGACAAGUUGGUAUGGUCACGUAAUUCCUCCUCGUCUUCAAAUUUGAUGAGUUAGAACAGUGGUGACAAGCCCAAACAUACAAUAUUUUGAUGGAAACAAUGACACCAAUUAAGUAAAUACUAUGAGAAAAUCUUUCAUUCAGAUUUGGUUUUAAACAUGACUUACUGUUGCAGGGACUGAUAGGGCUAUGAUUGGCAUAUUUUCUUACCGGUGAGUGGACCCUGGCCUCUAAAAGAAAUUUGUGGUGAUCUCAGCUCUGCCCAGUGAGUGCGAUUGUGUCCUUGAGCAAGUCACUUCACCCACCAGUUCAGUAUUAAGGAUUGGCUGUAGAUCUAUCCUUUUAAAAAGAUCCAAUCCAACUUUAUUUUUAUAGCACAUUUUACCAACGCAAACACUCCAAAGCGCUGCACAGAGUAGGCACAAUAUAAAUUAACACAUUAAAUACAAUAAAGCAUAAAAUAAAUAAAUAAGUGAGUCAGUAAAAAACAAAAAAUGCUAAAGUUAGCAAAUAGAGAAAUAGCCAAUAAAAUCAAUAAAAAAACAGUCAGAGGACCGCACAGUUCUCACGGCGUGUUAAAAGCCAGUGAGUAAAAGUGUGUUUUUAAAUGAGACUUAAAAGAAUCGACUGAAGAAGGGGGAGAGCGUUCCAAAGUUUGGGGUUAACCACCGAAAAGGCCCGGUCAACCCCUGCUUUUGAGUCUCGUUUUUUUUUUGGGGCGACAAGUUGUAGCUGGCCCUCAGACCUCAGCGCGCGAAGGAGUGUAGCGAUGAGGGAAUCAGGUCUGAAAUGUACGUUGGGGCCAGUCCAUGACGUGCUUUAAAAGCGUGUUUCCCAAACGUUUUUUCUGGGGUACCCUAUUUUAAAAGUCACAAACCUUGGCGACCCAAGUCAAUAGACAUUAUUCGUAAAUCACAAAAAAAGGUGGAUUUGACCAUUAUUGAACAUUAAUGAGGAUAUUUUAUUGUUGACUGAGUGAUCGUGUCUCUGAACAAUUAGUAUUACUCAAGUUUUAGUCAUUGAAGCAGCAAUAAAAUGUACGCAUAAGUCGCCUAUUUGGACAUUAAAUGUAGCCCAUUUCUGUUUCUUUUCAACAUUCAAUUGAACCAGCAAUAUUGAAACAAAAUAGUCAAUAAAAUAAUUACAAAAAGACACUUCUAAUGCGAUAGGUGGGAAUGUCUGCGUUUUUGUAGCGCAAUCCAGUCCAGGGUGAAGCAAGAGAGCACAACAGGCACUUAUCAGACGACCCUAAAAAAAUCUCUUGCGAACCACCUGAGGAUCGCGACCCAGUCUUUGGGAAACAAACAAUAACAUUUUUAAAUUAACUCUAAAAUGAAUGAGGAGCCAGUGCAAUGAGAAUAGAAUAGGUACAAUGUUUUCUCUAUGAUGUGUGCCGGUUAAAAGACGUGCUGCAGAAAGAUAUAAAGCUGCACGAAGAAUCAUGACUGAAAAAUUGCUAGAAUUAAGAAUAAAUUAAUUGACUAAUGAUCAAGAAAAACUGGGUCAGAGAAUCCGCUCGUCUCGCGUAGGACUUUCCCAGUGUCUCCAGAUAGAUGGUUAUAAUGUUAUGGCCCACUGCUUUAUUCAAUCACAAGUUUUCUCCUUGAACUUCUGUUAAUUUCAUGUUGUACUAAUGAGGUGUGCUUUGUGUCACCUGUUUUGCUCCUUGUUUUGAUGCUGCUGUUUUGACUCAUGCCACACUGGCCCCGGUCAACAGCCUUUAAUUAGCAGGACACUCUACGACACUCUAUUAUUUAUUAAUUUUUAUCUUUAUGUCAGUGUCACGAAAAAAAAAAUUAAAUAAAUAAAAAAUCAACUGUAGGUAUGUCACUUUUACUUUUACUAUUCCUAAAAAAAUUUAUUUAUUAACAUUAUUUGAAUCAGAUGUAUAUUAUGCAGAGAUUAAGACUAUAAAGAUUUAAGAUUUUUUUUUUAUCUGUUUGUGCCAAAGAUGUUACUUGAUCUUUUUAGUACAAUGUAAAAUGUGUGUAUGCAAACAUUCUUACACUGUACAUUAAAAUGCUUUUUUCUAGUU